GCGCAUGUGUGGACAGUGAUCUGUGCUGCGGUGGAAGAGGGCUGGAGACACACAACUAGAGAGAUGGCGCGGCACCCGACCGGAGCGCAAGGACAGCUGGUUGGCGGUGGGGGGGCUUGAAUUAUAAAGAGAAUCAGAAAAAUAAAUAAAAAAUAAACAAAAAAUAUCAGAAAAAACCGGGGAUUCGGAUAAGACGUUUCCAUUCUGCAAAACAGCAUCAGAGAUAGGAGAGUAAUCAAAUAGGUGAAUAUAAGGACAGAGAAGAGGCAAUAGCAAAGGAGGCUGCUGCAAGAAGAAAAAAAACAACAAAAGAAAAUUGAACUUUACUGGACGUGAGGACUUCUGGACAUCAGCUAACUCCGGUAGGUCAGAUAGAUGGUUGGUCCACAGCGCUGCCCGGAUCAUGAACGCACAGCUGUCGAUGGAGAAUAUUGGCGACCUGCACGGAGUGAGCCAUGAGUCUGUGGCCGGUCACGGAGAGCUGCUGAGUGGCCACAGUCCGCAUUCCCGUCCGAGCCCCAGGGGUCUCAGCCACCGCGCUAUGGGCAUGGCGACCCUGCUGGACAGCGGAGACUAUCACCCCAGCCACCCCGGACACCUGCAUCCCGCCAUCAGCAUGUGUGAAGCCCCCCCUGGCAUGAGUGCGAGCAGCACUUACACCACCCUAACCCCUCUGCAGCCCUUACCCCCCAUCUCCACCGUGUCCGACAAGUUUCCUCCCCAUCAUCACCACCACCACCACCAUCCCCAUCAUCCUCACCCGCAUCCCCACCAGAGGAUCCCCGGAAACGUCAGCGGCAGCUUCACAUUGAUGCGAGAGGACCGGAGUCUGGCGCCUAUGAACAGUCUGUAUCCCGCAUAUCAUCACAAGGAUCCCUGCAUGGGCCAGAGCCUGUCCCCGUUGUCUGGUUCCGGUCUGGCCAGCAUACAUACGUCCCAGGCCGGCAUCCCUCCCUAUGCUCACCCCGGUGCCGCCAUGCCUGGUGAGAAGAUGCUCACCCCCAGCGGGUUUGAGGCUCACCACCCGGCCAUGCUGGGCAGACACACGGAGCAGCACAUGAGCUCCUCAGCGGGCAUGGUACAAAUCAACGGCCUCCACCACCACCCGCACGCCCACCUUGGCGCGCAGGGGCACGGCCAGGGUCUGGGGAACGGCCGGGAGCAGGCCUCCGGGCCCGGGCAGCAAGGGGGCGGCGGUGGAGGGGGUGGUGUUUCUGGUGGACAGAUGGAGGAGGUGAAUACCAAAGAGGUGGCGCAGAGGAUCACCACGGAGCUAAAGCGCUAUAGCAUCCCUCAGGCCAUCUUUGCCCAGCGGGUCCUGUGCAGGUCCCAGGGGACCCUGUCCGACCUGCUGAGAAACCCCAAACCCUGGUCCAAGCUCAAGUCCGGAAGAGAGACCUUCCGCCGCAUGUGGAAGUGGCUGCAGGAGCCUGAGUUCCAACGCAUGAGUGCGCUCAGGCUCGCAGGUGAGCGAAGCCUCGCGUGUAAGCGCAAGGAACAGGACCACGGCAGAAGCGAGCGAGGGAACGUGACCAAGAAGCCCCGGCUGGUGUUCACAGAUGUGCAGCGGCGGACGCUCCACGCCAUCUUCAAGGAGAACAAGCGUCCAUCCAAAGAGUUGCAGCUCACCAUCGCCCAACAGCUGGGCCUGGAGCUGGCCACAGUCAGCAACUUCUUUAUGAACGCACGCCGCCGGAGCCUAGAUAAGUGGGUGGACGACGGCUCCGGUCACUCAGCCAACUCUGGCCCUAACGCCUGCACCAAAGCCUGAAGAUGGACUGAUAUGACCAACUCAUGGACUGACUCAACCUCGGUGGAAAAGCUUUAAAACUUAAGAGAAACAAAGAGAAACUUAAAAAGACCUUGAAGCAACGUUUUGCCCUUAAACCUGUACUAUAUUGAUAUUUAUAGUAUCCAAAGAUGAAAAAACAAACCAAAGACUUCUUGUUUGACCUGCUUUGAAAUGUUUGUUUCAGCAACACAUUUAUGUGUAACAUACUGCAAAAAGACUAUAAUUUUACCCCCCUUCACACACACAAUGUCACUGGUCUCUAGCUUUACUAUACCCUCCUCACCUCCCCACCCAGUAUCAAUCUGUCAUUCACCAUCCUUAUCUUUAAUCUGAUUGGUUGGUUUUAAUGAUGGGUCCCUAAAUGGAGGUUUAAUCAGCCUGUUGGCAGUCUGAUCUGCAGCUGUCCACACCUUUGAAAAACAGCCAGAAUGUGGAGCUCCGAUGGGAUUGGCCAAUCAACUUUUAAAGAAAAAAUAAUCCUACAGGAGCGACUGGAUUGUUGUGCAACCUCGUUUGGAUCGGUGGUGGUGGACUGUCUGUCCGUCUGUCUGUCUGUCUGUCUGUCCAGCUGUCUGUCUUUCUAUCAAGUAUUCCAGACAGACAGGGGAAUGUCCAUUCGUAGACUGCUAACCCAGAAACCAAAAUCCCAAACCCUAAACCAAACCAAGACCCCCUAACCUCAACCCAGAUGGUAGUGCUUUCUUCCAACAUGCUGAAGCAUUGAAUAAUUUAAAGAUGAGAAACCAAAGCCUUCUACACACCGAAGCCUCUCAUGCAGCUUAGAAACAAAACCACUUAACAUGCCAUGAAGUAAUUUGACCAAAGAGUAUAUUUUGUAGUUGAUAAUCUUGAGAGUAUUUUUACCUCAUUUCCUCCCUUACCUCCUACGACAGACUGUUAGUUAGGCGCCACAAAGAAGAGAAUGUUACUGCUCAUGGUCCAUCCAACAUUUUGAGUCAUACUUAAAUUUAUGUUCCCUAUAAAUGGACAUAAUAUAUAACAUAACCCUGAAAAUUACCCUGUUGACAUUUGCCUUAUAGAUGCCUUUUUGAAUCAAACGAAAGAUUCCAGCUUUAUCUUCACAAUCAGUCUCUGUGAAUGUUACUGUAAAUGCUGUUUGUGAAGAUUAAUCAUUACAGACACAACCUUUCCUGGAAGUGUUUCUACAGGUUUAGCUCUUAGUUUAUACGUGGAAAUGCCAGCAGCUGGCAAACCCAAGAAAAAUCCAUCCUGUAGUACGUUUUCUCUGCAAAGGUGAAAACACAAACUGCUGGCUCUGUGUGUGGACUUGACACUGUGAGGUAGACAGAUGGCCUCUGAUGGGUUUGUUGUUUCUUUUUUUUUUUUGAGGACAAACUGUGUCACCACUCUUAAUAAGAAGCAUUCAGCAACUCUCCCCCGUCAUCCCCCGUGCACUUCAUACGUAUUUGAUUUUAUCUCCUCAUCAGAGAUGUUGGGUGGAGGGGAUGAUAUCAAUGAUCAAAUCAAUUUCAGGCGCUUACACAGCAAUGUCAGCUCGUCACCUGAAUACGAAAGCACCCCAUCCCUGCCUGUUUCCAAUCCCUGGACCCCCCACCCCCCUCUCCUGCGUCCGCUCUCCUGGUAAGCUAUGCAUUUCAGCACUAGGAGGAAAGCACUACACAGGGCUGGCCCAGGGCAGCGUAGCAUUAGAUAUAUUAAGCUGGCCCCUUGCCAUCAUCCUCCUCAUGGCCAGGGUUAGCAGCUCUACAUUCAUCAGAUCAAGCGCUGAAGGAGAGGCGAGAGAGAGAGCCGCUUCUUCAUCUCCGAGAGAAAAACCAAAAAAAAAAUGACAAGAAACAAAAAAAAAAAAACGUGUCAAGACCUGAUGAUGUUUUAUAGUGUGAACCAAAGAUGCUACCUCACUCAAGAUCCAUACGUGAUUUCUAUCACUUUGAUGAUACCAAAGAUAACCAAAGAUUUUUUCUCAUUGCACGGCCUCUAUGAGUGGUGUUAAAGGAUGUUGUAUGCCCCCCCCCACCCCCACCCUACCCUACCCCACCCCUACCCACCCACCCCCCCCACCCCUCCCCUUCCCACCUGCACUCAACCCAUGCACCCCUGCUAUGCGUGCUCUUGCUUCAUCUGUGCUCUGAUUACAGCUUCAUAGAUAGUCAUGCUGAUGUAGCUAUAGGCAGAUAUGCUGAUCUAGCCAUAGAUACACACAACAACAGGCUAGGCUGGUGCCUGCGGGGUACAGCCAACAUGCAAGCAAUGCAAUCAGUCUCUGUGUUGCUUGUUAACCAGAGAAAAGCAUUCACGUCUACCACUUUGUUGGCAGCAAAGACAGUUAAAAUAUAAAAGCUGACAUUGUGGCAAACCAAUAAAUAUAUCAAAUUGGAGUUUAAGUUCAGUUCAUGAAUAAUUUCAAAAUACUCUGUGAAUUUGAUGGAGUACCCCGCUGGAGUGCCAUUUUUCUUUUGGAGCUUAAUUCCCACUUGGCCUCUGCCUCUGAGUGUGUAUCUAUAGGUUGAUACUAUUGAUCCAACAAAUAGCUCAGACAUCUUCACAUGACAGUAGGCAGACAAGCUGAUAUAGCCAUGGGCAGAAUUGUUGACUCAACUAUAGGCAGACAUGUUCCUGAAAGUAGAAGCAGACAUGUUGCAAUCUUUCUAAAACUCCCAGGACGAGUGCCUUGCUUGAACCAAAGUGUUAAACCGCUGUUGACCUCUCACCUUUGACUCUGUGAAUACCUCAGCCUGUAGAAGGGCCACUACUGAAGAAACAAGGAAAAGGUUUUCUUUCUUUCUUUCUUUUUUUUUUUUUUUUUUUAAAUCACACCGUGGUGCUUUCGCCAGCGCAACCAUGCAAUGAAAACAUACCAAAGGAAUUUCUGUUGUCCACUUCUACAGAUUAAACCAAAGGUCUUUGUUUCUCCUCUCCCCUGCCCCUCUUUUACCCCUCCGCCCCUCCUUCCCCCAACCUUCCUUGUCUCUCUGCUGUGUGUAGGAAGGUCCAGCACUCUGGCCGUGCAUGUCUUUACCAAUGUCUCUGAAUACCUCAUAGUAAUAAUUCCUUUGAGUUCUGCAUUGAGACGUCUAUCUGUGAGUAAGGCAGAACUCCACUCGUGUGGUAAUUGUUAUUGUUACUUCAAAAAGCUGUAUGAUUAUCUAUUUUGAAGUUUGUUUUUUCUUUUCUUUUUUUCUUGGCAGAAGUGCUCUGUUUCAAGUCACGGACGACAAGUUUCAGGGUUGAUGUAUGAAACUUAAGGGAUGGAGGGAGAAGCGUAUUUUUUAUCAGACAUUGGGUUAUGCCAAUAUUAUGAUGGUAGACUAUUGCUUUUACAGGGUAAAACCAACUGCUGUGAUAUUGUGUUCAUAUUUUCCCUUUUCUCUACUUCUGUGUUGUGAUUUUAAUUUAAUUGCAUUUUUGUAUUGGUUAACCACUGCUUUAAUUUAUGCAUUUGUAGAAAUUCUAGAUUUGUAUAUAGUAGGUUUUUGGAAAAAAAAAAACAAACAAAAAGGACAGUUUUAUGUUACAGCCUUAUUUCCCACGCUUAGAUAUAACAAAGGAGUAGUUUGUAUUCUUCUUCAGCUAAAUCCUAGCCGGCAUUUCAAUGUGUGUUUUAAACACUGCCAGAAACCCAGACAGUUGAUUUGCCAAUGCAGACAAAGUUAUACAGGAGCUACUUUGUUGAACAGCUGGCAAAAAGCAGUGUGAACGUGUGUGCGUGUGUGUGUGUGUGUGUGUGUGUGUGUGUGUGUUUGUGUGUGUGUGUGUGCGUGUUUUUUCUAUUCUUUUGACUUUUUAAAAACUGUUAUUUUAUGGGUAUUACUGCACAUCCAAAGAUUUUUAAAACAAACCAAAAAUUGGAAAAAAAUAUGUAUAAUGUUGAAAAGCACUGGCAUUUGUGAGGUAGACUUGUUGAGUUUUGAUUUGCCAUUCGCACGGGUAUAGAAUGUAGAAGGCGUAGGGCUAUGUAGACAAGCUUACUCUACCAUGUGGGGAAUCUCCUGUUCAAUGUACAAUCUGAAGCAUCUGAAAUGAGGGCUGCAAGUCCCGCUCACUUUGCUGUCUCAUACACAGAGUGAGGUGGAGUGUAGGCUGGGCAGCCGGUCUGCCAGGGGCUGUGCCACGGAGCUGGGUCUGUUUUUAUUGCUGUGGCACUGCCGCCUCGCUCCAUCUAGUAUCUGUUCUUUUGGUACGUACUCGUGUAAUGACUAUGAGCAAAGUCUAAUAAAACUGCAAAGAACCUUACAAAGGAAUCAGUGUGUGAGUGUGUAUGGGGACGAUCACCUGAAUUGCUCAUCUCUUUUUCUAUCUGUGGAUGUGUGUGUGUGUGUGUGUGUGUGCGUGUGUGCAUGCGUGCGUGCUUGCGUGCGUCCAACUCAAAUGUAAAGUAAAGUACUGCUGAGGCUUGCAGGUAGGCAAGUCUGUGUGUGUGCUCAUCUGCAUGUAUUUCUUUACUGUGUGUUUGUCUAUCGUUAAAUCUGUUUCUACUGUAUACAUGUGUGGGGCUGAUUGGUGCAUAUCGCAACAGCACAACUGACUCCCUCUGGUUGACAGAGGCUUUAUUGUGGGUGCUGUUUCCUCUCUGUCAUGCUCAGACAGCACACAGUCUCCGGGGACUGAAGGUUAUCAGCUAAAUGUCCAGAUUACAUCAGCAUGUUAUGCAGUCACUGUGACACAGAAUGGAGAAAGUGAAUGUUUUUCAGCAAAGUAUAGGUGCUUACAUUAUACCUAUACAGGCCUGUAUUAGAGGAGUGGAUGAUGCUGUGUGGACCUAUGUUUUUUAUUUUCUGUUAUUUAUUUUGUCCAUAAGGAGUUCCCAUAUGAUGGGUAGCUUAGCUACAAGUCUCAUAACAAUACUGCGGCGCCUAAGACAAUCAUCUGGAUCUCUUAAGCUGGGGAACUAGUUUCUCACCCACAGAGGGGUGUCCUCCAGCUAUUCAUAUACAAAGAUGCUUGAAGGGUUUUGAUAAACAAGCAUAUUUGUUGUCAUAGACAUUUAGGAAUAGAAUACAGUAGUAGUUCAUCUUGCACUUGCAUUUCACAAUGAAAUCUCAUUGCUCUCGUCAGCCUUGUGCUCUUGUCAACCUUGACCUUUUUCUUUUGACCUCCUUCACAACUCACAAUGCUUCUUCAGUUUUCAGUAUGACUGUGUGUGUGUGUGUUUGUGUGUGCACGAGUGCAAGGGUGUGUGUGAAUGCCAGAGAGGCAAUACUGCCGGUGUUACUCUCAGAUGUAUAACUCCAUGUCUCAUGACUUGAUUUGUCAUUGCUGUUUCCCAAGCUUUGCUACUGCUUUCUCAGUGCCGUGCAAUAUCAUCUGUUGUGAUUGCUAAGCAAAUGAAAAAAAGAAAGAAAAUUGAGAAGCAAGUGAUGAUGUCAUCCAGCUUUUUUCAGUGUUCAGAUGUUUCAACAUUUCUGUAGUCACAAAAAGUAGAAAAUAAACUGUUGGUAUUUCCCGCUUCUGAA